AUGAAUGUAGUCGACAAUGCGCAAUCAAGACGGAGAGCGUGUGCCCGGUGCGCUACUGCAAAAGCGAGAUGCACCUACAGCGGCAGCGGGGGCUGUGAUCGAUGCCAGCGGCUGGGGAGGGAGUGCAUUCUCGAAGAAAUCCCGCGACGCAAGAGAGAGAAGCAGUCCACAAGGGUCAAGGCGCUGGAGGACAAGGUCAACGCCCUUCUUGGCUUGCUAGGUCCCGAAAGGGUUCCUGGUGGGAUUGGCAACCCUGCCACGGUAGACGCCAGGACGCCAGCUCCCACGGAAGAUGGCUGUUCCCCCCUCGGCCGAAGUGCCCAGAGCACCACAGCACCGUCAACGGUGGAAGAGGGCAGAUUCUUCGAUGCCAUUGACCAUGGCCUGCUCACCAUGUCGACGGCCGACGCCCUGUUGAGCAAGUACAAACGGGUACAUUCCGAAUACUUCCCCUUUGUCAUUGUGCCUCCGCAGACUGAUGCGGCGACCCUCCGGGCCCAAUCUCCCGUGCUCUUCCUGGCUAUCACGGCAACGUGUCUCGAAGGAGACCACCUGCUCCAAAGAAGGCUGGGGUUCGAAGUCAAGAAGACUCUUUGCGAACGAGUCAUGGUUGGCAAUGAGAGGGAUCUGGGCUUGUUGCAGGGUCUGCUCGUUCUGCUGGCUUGGACCCAUUUCCACUUCAGUCCCACGAGCAAGCAGCUGUUCAUGCUCCUGCAGAUGGCCGUCGGGCUGGUCACCGACCUCGACCUGGACAGGUGUCCUGCGCAUCGCGAUCAGAGGGUUGCCAGCCACCUCUGCUGCGUGUCAUCCCCCCAGAAUGCACAAGGACAGGCCAAGUACCCGGUCCAGUGUCGAAGGUCAUUGCCUGAGAUCCGCGCCCUCCUAGGCUGCUUCUACCUUUGCUCAUCGAUGGCGAUGAUGCGGAAAGAGCUGGCCAUGAGACACACCAAGUGGAUUGACAACUGCUGCCACAUUCUCGACGCGGAACAGGAAUGGCCAACGGACAUCUACGUGACGGCCCUCAUCAGCACGAGGUGUCUCGUCCAAAGUGUCGGCGAGAGGUUCUCAUACGACGAUAUCACUCUCGUCCAACUUCAAAGCGAUGUUGUAAUCAACAUGUCUCUGAACGGCUUUAAGAAAGCAGUCGCCGAGCUUGAGAGAGGUCCUGCUUUUUCACCCACGCGGGAAAAUUGUGAGUGA